ACACGGCCUAAGUACAACGAAUAAGAAAAUGCGGUGUGUGAUUGGCGGACUCCAGACUAUAUAAAUUACGUCAUUUCCUCAUCCCGCCCUCUUUUUGCCGUGAAGUGCAGAACUCCAUACGGCGUUGUCUCGUGCUUUUCCACUAAACUCGUAACGCAGGGAAAGUGGUCACGAUGUCCGGAGGUCUGGAUGUCCUUCAAAUGAAGGAGGAGGAUGUGCUGAAGUUUCUGGCUGCAGGAACCCAUCUGGGAGGAACCAACAUGGACUUCCAGAUGGAGCAGUACGUCUACAAGAGAAAGAGUGACGGCGUGUACAUCAUCAAUCUGAAAAAGACUUGGGAGAAACUCCUGCUGGCUGCUCGUGCUAUUGUUGCCAUUGAGAAUCCAGCUGACGUUUGUGUUAUCUCCUCCAGGAACACUGGCCAGAGAGCUGUGCUCAAGUUCGCCUCUGCCACUGGUGCCACCACCUUCGCUGGACGUUUCACUCCUGGAACCUUCACCAAUCAGAUUCAGGCUGCUUUCAGGGAGCCCCGCCUCCUGAUCGUGACCGAUCCUCGUGCCGACCAUCAGCCGCUGACUGAAGCCUCUUACGUCAACAUCCCAACCAUCGCCCUCUGCAACACAGACUCUCCUUUGAGAUACGUCGACAUUGCCAUUCCUUGCAACAACAAGGGUCACCACUCUACUGGUUUGAUGUGGUGGAUGUUGGCCAGAGAGGUUCUGAGGAUGAGGGGCACUAUCUCCAGGGAGCACCCAUGGGAGGUCAUGCCUGAUCUGUACUUCUACAGAGAUCCAGAGGAGAUUGAGAAGGAGGAGCUGGCUGCUGCAGAGAAGGCUGUUGGCAAGGAGGAGUUCCAGGGUGAAUGGUCCGCUCCCGUGGCUGAUUUCACUCAGCCUGAGGUUACCGACUGGUCUGAGGGUGUGCCCGUUCCAUCUGUGCCCAUCCAGCAGUUCCCAGCUGGCAUUGAACCUGCAGCUCCAGCUAAGGCUGCCCCUGCUGAGGUGUUUGCUGAGGACUGGAGCGCUCAGCCUGCCACAGAGGACUGGUCUGCUGCCCCCACAGCUCAGGCUGGAGAAUGGGGUGGCACCACUGCUGACUGGUCUUAAGUGAUGUUAACCAACAGUUCGGUGUGAUGACAUUGAAUAAAUAAAUCUGGUUGUUUAAAAA